CUCCAUGUUUUUUUAUAUUGUGACCUACUAACGGCAUGAUACCAAAAUGUCAACCGUGUUAGAGCUAUAUAUUUUUUGUAAAAAUUGCUAAUUUCCUGAUUAAGUUACAUGACAUGAAUAUCCUGUUUACGAUGUACGUAGACACCAAAUAGUCACGAAUCCGAAUAGGUUUCAUGUAACCUAGUCUGCAGUAAACAUAACACGAUCUGUCAACUGUCGGUGACAUGCCAAUCUUUACACGAAAUCGUGUCGUUCUUUCAAAACAAAAUACGCAAGAGAGAAAAUCGAGAAAAUACUUCGUUUUGCAGAACUUUGCAAUAGUUGUUUUUUUAUAUAGUCUAGACACGUUUGCCAAACUACAUUUCCUAACGGUAAAAGUUAUCAGGCGAGGUGUUGUCUGCGUAUUUAAAAAUCUCCAGCGGUCUGUCAUCACACUGCACCACAAAAAAUCUCUUUACGUACAUGCAUAACUUAAAUGGAGAAAAAGUUGCAAAAAUUGAAUUGAAUGCCGUGAUAAUGAACUGUGUUGCUGCAUAUUGACCUUGAUGCACAAUCAUGCUGUUUCUUCAGAUGUUCCCUAUCUUUUUAAUGAUGUUGCAACUCAAGCAAUAAGUGAAGUAACAUUUAUUAUAUCACUUCCACCGGGUGUCUCCAUCACUCAAGUGAGCGCUUCGCUGGCAAACAUUUCUUCCAAUGGAUCGGCAAUUGCAGUUGAGGACAACAACGAAUGUGACUCCUUUACAAGCCCAUGCCAUGAGUUUGCUACUUGUGACAACUUACCAGGAGUAUUUGAAUGUUUUUGCAAAGCUGGGUUCGUUCCAGAAGAUUCUUUACAGACACGCGGUGACCUGGUUUGCCUAGAUGUGGACGAGUGCUUGGAGUCAUCUAUAUGUGACAUCCUAUCAUCCCAGUGCACUAACACACCUGGUUCCUACUUUUGUGACUGCUUGGUUGGCUUUGAGCCUCUUCUUGGUGCAAAUGAUUCUUGUAGUGAUAUUAAUGAGUGUGACAUUGACAUAUGUGACCACUAUGGUGAGCAUGGGAAAUGCACAAAUACCUUUGGAAGUUAUUUCUGCUCUUGUGAAACAGGGUAUUAUCUCCAUCCCACUACUGGAAUGUGUCAAGAGCUUUUACAGUGCACAGCUUUUAAAAAUGUAAAAGGUUUGGUUUCAAAUCUAUUGAACGAUAUUGCUACAAAUGGAAAUGCAUCGGAUUCUGAAUAUCAGAGCACUGCUGCAGCUUUAUCUUUAUCUGGCAGUCCGAUAUUCAACAUUAUAACGCCCCAAAGCUCAGUUACAGAGUUAUACGGCGGUCUAAAUGAUGAUUUUUUCGAUCUUUUGCGUACAUACCUUCCGUGUGACUUAUCUGCUACAUGUAACAUUGGAAACACAAGUUACAUUUGUGAAUGCCUCGAUGGGUUUUCGGGAGAUGGCUUCAGUUGUUUAGACAAUGACGAGUGUGCUAUGGGUCUUGAUAAUUGUGACAGCUCUACUGCUACUUGCACAAACACUAUUGGAUCUUUCACCUGCAGUUGUAAACAUGGAUACAUUGGCUCUGGAUUAGUAGGGGAUUGUCAAGAUAUAAACGAAUGUGAAAAUGCUGCUACAUGCGACAACCAUUCCAACUGUACCAACACUGCUGGAAGUUUUAUUUGUUUGUGUCAUGAGGGCUAUACUGGUGAUGGGGUCACGUGUCAAGACCUUGAUGAAUGCAACUCUAGUGUCCUAAAUAGAUGUGAUGCGAUUGCAAAUUGUGUGAACUAUGAAGGAGGUUAUAGCUGUACAUGUACAUCUGGCACUAUAGAUGUGUUAGGUGAUGGUAGUUUUUGUGAUGACCAAGAAGAUGAAUGCAUACCAUCAUUGGAAGGUGACCAACUUCCUUGUGAAAUUAAUCCAACUUCAUUAUCAUGCAAAAUACAAACCAACUUCCCAGAAAAAGCAAGAAUUCUCUUUAAGUCUUUUAGAUCCAUGUUCAUGGUUCCGAGUGACAUACGAGACGUGCAUUGCUCCGAUGGGGGAUUAUCCACUACUUCUUCUUCCAUCUUUGGCGGAGGAUUCUCAACGGAAAGUUUAGAAGCCUCCCUUCCUCCAACAGAAGCUACAACUGUAGAACUUCCGCCCGAAGAGGAUUUUGAAGAUGACCUUCCUCCUGGAGGAGAGGACCUUUUUACAACUCCUCCAUUACCCCUGGAUCCUGACGAUGAAUUGUCUUCUUCCUCAUCUUCUUCAUUUCUUUCUCUUUAGUGGGUUUCUCAUUUUCAACAGAAAGUUUAGAAGCCUCAGUUCCUCCAACAGAAGCUACAACUGUAGAACUUCCACCAGAUGAGGAUUUUGAAGAUGACCUUCCUCCUGGAGGAGAGGAUCUUUUUACAACUCCUCCAUUACCUCUAGAUCCUGACGAUGAAUUGUCUUCUUCCUCAUCUUCUUCAUUUCUUUCUCUUUAGUGGGUUUCUCAUUUUCAACAGAAAGUUUAGAAGCCUCCGUUCCUCCAACAGAAGCUACAACUGUAGAACUUCCACCAGAUGAGGAUUUUGAAGAUGACCUUCCUCCUGGAGGAGAGGAUCUUUUUACAACUCCUCCAU